AUGAAGCUGUGGUCAGUGGUAGUGAUUGUUGUGCUGGUUAAAGUGUUUGACGUUGCGGCACUGCACAGGAAUCCAUUCGAUGUGAUCAGAGGCUGUAAGCAGUACGACAAAGGUGGAGACUACGAUGCAGCUCUUACAUACUUCCCGACGACAAGUCUGCUCCAUGUUGGCUAUACAAAAAACUCCAAGUACUUUAAAAUCGCCAUCUUAGGUCCGAACGAUGGAAUCAUUCGGUACGGAGACUCCUUGUUUCCGUACGAUAAGUACGUGAUAGAGAUUGUACUCGGAGGAUGGGGAAAUACAAGAAGUGCUGCUCGGCACCAGUAUCGUAAAGCUUCGAAUGAAAACAACAAUGUCCAGCUGGUAGAUGCCCAAACGCCGAACUUAUUAUCACAGUUCGAGCCCACCAUGUUCGUGCUAGAGGUGUUCCACAGCGGCACAGUGCAAGUUAGCAUUGACGGACAAGAUCAUCCUUUCCUGUCGUUCAGCGAUAGUAAACGUAUACCUGCCAAUUAUAUGGCUAUCACCAAGUGGGACAAGGACGUGGUAUACUUCUACGAUUGUCCUUCUCUUGAGGGUGCGAACGUUUUGUACAAUUCCUUGCUUUUGAACUGCACUGUUGUCUAA